AUGUCUCCUGAUCCACCCUCGAAAGAGGCAGCCCCAGAGGCGGCUGCCAAUGGCACUACAAACGAUAUCCCAAACGGAAUCUCAAAGGAAGCCCCGAAAGAAGCAGUGACGGAGGUGUCAAAGGAAGCUUCAAAAGACGUUUCAAAAGAAGCUACAGAUAAGAAGCCAUUCUCUUGGACCCAACCGCAUCCCAUAUUCGUCAUUAUCCUUGUAGGUGCCAAUGAGCAGCCGUUUGGCAUUCAGAAAGACUUUCUCUGCGACCGCUCCGAGUUCUAUCAGAAAUAUUUCCAAGGAAACGUCAGAGAGCCUGCAAUAGAGCAUAUUGUGAAGCUUCCAGAUGCAACACCCCAAGUAUUCGGGCUGAUACAAAGCUUCCUCUACACUGGCAAGAUUGGGGAUGAGAAGACCAAUGCUAAUUCCUACGAAUCGCUGGUUGGCCUGUGGAAAUUGGGUCACAAACUCGCCAUCAAAGGGCUGUGCGAGCAUACGCUAGAAGCAAUGGUGGAAUGCCGACGAACCACUGGCCGCAUUCCGGCAACGCCUCUUCUCAUCCAAGUCUGGCGAGACACUCCCGAGGGCUCUUCCAUCCGAGUUCUCCUGCUGUCUUGGGCUGCCGAAUAUAUGAGAUCGUCCGAUGCAAGAGCAGAGUUUGCCAGAUCACUGCCCCAGGAAGUUUUGAGUGAGCUCGUAGUCACAAUGAGCUCGUUCGAGACGAUGGCUCCUCCAGCUUCAACUCCGACCCCGGCCCCAACUGCCACUGCAGCUACAAUUGCCAUCGCUGCCGCUCCUCCAAGUUCUAUCAAAUCGUCUAGUGCCCCUAUUACGACGGUGAUUCGAAAAAAUGUUCACUAUCUUGAUGAACUGACUGAUGAAGAAGCCCUUGGGGCGAAGAAGAAGAACAGGCGGCCAAGUGGCAUAUCCAGCGAUACCGGCUCAAGCCGCAAGCAACAUCGCAAAUCUGGGUCAUCCCCUCCUCUGAAACCGCAGAGAAGACGCACAAGUGCAGCUAUUCUAGAUGGGAAAACAUUUUCCACGCAGCAGAAGCUCGACUUUUGUGCCGACUUACUUAAUAGAAUGUUGUCAGGGCCAGGAUUUUGGACUCGUCUAGUUGGACCUUUCCGGGAACCAGUCGAUCCUGUCGAGGACGGCGUGCCAGACUACCUCGACAAAGUCUCAAGGCCAAUGGACCUCAGCACGAUCAAGCAGAAGAUGGAUCAGAAGGAGUACACGACCGAUGAGGCCUUCCUGGCUGAUGUGCGCCAAAUCUUUGACAACUGCUUCACGUACUGGAAGAAGGGCGACCCAAUGUGGGCGGCGGGCGAGAGGCUCCAACGGACCUUUGAAGAGAAGUUUUCGCACAUGCACAAGUGGAUUGCUAAGCUGGGGGGCGAAGAGGGCGAGUAG